AUGGGGGCGGGUUUUUCAACUCAAAAAGCGCUCAAUUUUUUUCUUUUCAAAAAAAGCUGAUGAGGUCGGAAAAAAGGGAGAAGAAACCGGCACCAUCUCUGCAGAGGCAACAGAAGCAGCAAUUGUUUCAGCGAAAAAAGAAGCAAGGGAGGGAGGGAAGGAAAAGGUCAGAAAGGGGGACGACGCGCAAGUGCCUGUAGUGGUGAAGCGAGCAGGGACCUGCGAUUUUGGGGACCAACUACAAAGGAGACUGUCACUGGCAGUGCUGUAGCUUGGGAGGAAGCUGUGCUGCUCAUUUCGGCUCUAGGGCACAGCUGGCUGGCAGCCGCUGCCCUGUCGGCUGCACAGGCUAGGGGCACAGGCUGGGGGACCGCGAAAGAUUGGCGAAGUGGCACAGGACGCCGAAACUGCUGAGCUCUCGUCAAGAGGGCGGCUGAACUGGCUGCGCCCUGGAAUUGUGGCGACUCCCCAUACUCAGGGCUUGGCCUCCUCUUCCCAGGACCCUCCCCAUCUCCGGAGGCACACAGAAAACCGGGAAAGACACGAAAAGAAGGCGACGGCGGCAGCUCAAUGAGUGUCUACAGCAGAAAGCCAGACCUAACUCAGUCGUAGGCGGGAAGUUACCCGUGAGCUCCUCUUUGCAGCUGAGAUGCUGCGGCGAGCUGCUCCAGCGACCCGAACCCGAUAGACGCUUCCCGCAUCGCUACCCUCCUUGCUCAGGCUGCCGGGUGUCCCGGGACCCGGUGAGGCCGGCAUGACGGGCUUGCCGGGUCCGGCCGCAAGCUCGGCAGCCUUGGGAGUUGCGCGCCCAGCCCGGCUCCCACGGCCUCUGAGGCUCAGAGGAGCUGCGGCAGCCCGGCGGGCGGGCUCCAGAGCCUUCUAGAGCGGCAGUAGCCCGCAGCUCGGCCCCCACCGGACUAAAGGCUCCUCUUGAGAAGCCGAAAACAUUGGAAAUUAUUUCGACCUGUAACUGGAGGGCCACGGAACUGCUACUCCUGUCUGCCUUUGGCGAUCAUCUUUAACUCGCGGAGCACGUCAGCAUCCAGCCACCGCGGCGCUCUCCCAGCAACGGAGGACUCCCGACUACCCCAUUCCGUAAGACGGAUGGAAACCGAGCCCCUCCGAGGACCUGCCCGUGAAGUUCUGGCUCAAGUCACCACUGUGAACAAGGGACCCUAAAGAAUGGCCGAACCUUGGGGGAACGAGUUGGCGUCCGCAGCUGCCAGGGGGGACCUAGAGCAACUUACUAGUUUGUUGCAAAAUAAUGUAAACGUCAAUGCACAAAACGGAUUUGGAAGAACUGCACUGCAGGUUAUGAAACUUGGAAAUCCCGAGAUUGCCAGGAGACUACUACUUAGAGGUGCUAAUCCCAAUUUGAAAGACCGAACUGGUUUCGCUGUCAUUCAUGAUGCAGCCAGAGCAGGUUUCUUGGACACUUUACAGACUUUGCUGGAGUUUCAAGCUGAUGUUAACAUCGAGGAUAAUGAAGGGAACCUGCCCUUGCAUUUGGCUGCCAAAGAAGGCCACCUCCCAGUGGUGGAGUUCCUUGUGAAGCACACGGCCAGCAAUGUGGGGCAUCGGAACCAUUCGGGGGACACAGCCUUCGACCUGGCCAGGCUCUAUGGGAAGAAUGAGGUCGUUAGCCUGCUGGAGGCAAAUGGGGUUGGGGUCGGGGGAGCAGCAAAUCUGCAAUGAAUAUGGGAGGGCUUUCCCACAUUGCCUUUACUUUGUCAGUUAAUUAGUUGGCUGUCUUGACUAUUUUAAUAUCUUUUGUUAAAAUAUAGUUUUUUCAUAUUUUAAGCAGCUAGUUAAAGCUUCUGAAACUGCCCAAGUGGAAAUCUUGCUACAGGUUCAUGAAUAUAUUUAAACAUCUUUUUCACUGGCAAAAUCUUGAUAUCUAAUGUGUAAUUGCAAAUAGCUUUGCCUUUCUUCUCCACAUUUUAUCAACUACUUGACUUUCUUUGCUUACCCCUUUGCCAAUCACUAUAUCCAACUUUGAGACUUUGUUUAUAAAAUGUUUGUCCUGAUGCUUCUUUAGCCUAAUUAAAACACUUUUUCCAAGCAGGCAGACAUUUUUCUGUGAUUUUCACUCCUCUAUAACCCACACAAAACAUGCCACUUGCUAAAAACUGUACUAAAAGUUCACAUGAUGUUUUGGAAAAAGUUAGACCAUUUGGAAAACUAGAUGUAUUCUGUUUAUGAUUCAAUUAUUAUUUUCUUUCUCUCCCAACCUACUCCACAGAGAGUUUACUUGGGACUCAUUUCUGCUUAAAAAAAAAAAGAGAAGAAGAAGAAGAACAGCGUUUUUGAAGCUCAAAGUUGACAUUAUUUCUGUAUGAAUUUCUCCAAAUAUUCUCUUUUCUUUUUCUCAAAGUUAAAGCAAAUAGUUGAAGAAUAUUUUUCAGAAGUAGCAAUCUGAAAACAAAUACACAUUAGCUCUAAAAAACAGUUUUAAAAUGACACUUUAAAAGUACCUCCCAUUAGUUGAUUUUUUUUAAAAAAAUUUUUAAAUGAAACAUUUGUUUUAGUAAUUAAUACAUUCCCCAAUAUUGUACCAUAAGUAUACUGAAUGUAAUACUGGACUUUUCUCCCUGAAUCUCAAAAAUGUAAAAUUACAAAAUGUUUAUUAAAAUAAAAUGCAAAUACAAUUUUGAUGGGUUAAAAGAUUCAGCAAGAAUAAUUAUAAAUUACAUAUGAAGGUCAUAACUGUCUAAGAUCUGCAUAAUAAUAAAUGUAGAAAUGUUUUCAAUAAAUAAAUAAGCCAACCUUC